AUGGAGCUGAGUUCCAUCAUGGAUGCAUUUGAUCGUGUUACAAAGAAGCAGAAAUCGUCAUCGUCAAAAUCUCGAGAAAUAAUUGAACAUAUUGGACAAGAAAUAGAACAAACUUUAUCUAGAAUACAAUCAAGUCAAGAUUCUGCAUCUGCAACUGAUCAUAAGUUGAUCCUUGGCGAGGUAAAAACCAAGUUGAAAGAGAUUGCUCCACUCAGCCAACUAGAAGGCGCACGCAAGGAACUGAACUGUGUGUUGAGCAAGUAUCCAAAGAUCAUCGAGAAAUCCUUCAAUUCUGAUAUAUCAAAGGCUUUUCGUAGUGUCGAUUUUGAUAUUCAUACUGUCAAUCAAAUAAUAGCCGGUCAUUUCUACCGGGAGGGUCAGUUUGAUAUUGGUGAUUUUUUCAUACACGAGUCCAGGGAACCAGAAGCUGCAGCUGAUAAAUCUCCUUUCUUGGAAAUGUAUGGGAUACUUGAAGCCAUGAAAUCCCAGAACCUGGAGCCUGCUCUGAAUUGGGCUGCCACCAACAAUGAACAACUUAAACGAAGUGGAUCUGACAUUGAAUUGAAGCUUCAUCGCCUUCAGUUUGUGGAGAUCUUGCAGAACAAUGGCCAAGAUGAAGCUCUGAAGUAUGCUAGAACAUUUUUUGCUCCUAAUGCUACCAGUCGUAUUGCUGAAAUUCAAAAGCUUAUGGCUUGUCUUUUAUGGGCUGGAAGACUCGACUCAUCUCCAUAUUCCGAAUUAUCAUCCCCCGUGCACUGGGACAAAUUGGCUGAGGAGUUCACCAGGCAGUUCUGCAACCUUAUUGGGCAAUCUUAUGAGAGUCCGUUGAGUGUGACAAUAUCAGCUGGAGCUCAGGGGUUGCCAACUCUUCUAAAGCUGAUGAAUGUGAUGACUAACAUAAAGCAUGAAUGGCAAUCCAUGAAACAAUUACCCGUGCCCCUGGAUUUGGAUAGAGAAUUCCAGUUCCAUUCGAUGUUUGUCUGUCCAGAGAGCCGGGAUAUGGCAAGUGAAGAGAACCCCCCUAUGCUGAUGUCAUGCGGACAUGUACUGUGUAAGCAAUCUAUUACAAAGCUGUCCAAAAAUAAUAGCAAACGGCCUUUCAAGUGUCCUUACUGUCCCUCUGAGGUCGAAGCAGGUCAGUGCUGGCAGUUGUAUUUCUGA